CAGUGAUUCCAGGAAAACUGCAGAGAAACUCUUGAAAACACUAUUGAAGAGACAGGUUAUCAAAACUGCACUUGAAGGCAAAAGCAAUGAAGCAUUCCCCCAGUAUUACACAAGUUCGGAGAGCAGAAAUUGAUGAUAUGUAUGUAUUGCCUUCUUUAGAGGAUGGAAGAGGGAAGAACAGCUCAGAGGAGGAAGAGGAAAAUGAAUGGAAAGAAAGAAUGAGCCAAAAACAGAUGUUGCAUGAAGAGUUAUGUGAAAAUCCUCAUUCUGUAGAUAUUGAGUCAGAAGAGUUCAACAAGCUGCCUCCAGAAAUCAAACAUGAGAUCCUGACUGAAAUGAAAGAAUUUACAAAGCGUAAAAGAACGUUAUUUGAAGCAAUGCCAGAGGAGUCCAAUGACUUUUCCCAGUACCAGCUUAGGGGAUUGCUUAAGAAAAGCAGCCUCAAUCGGUGCAUAGAAAAUGUACAAAAAGAACUGAAUCAGCAGCACUCAGGUGAAAUCCAAACACAGUAUGAAAAUGAAGGUGGUUUUGUGAAAGAAGUGGAAACUAGGAGGGUAGUCUCUGAAGACACUUCUCACUAUAUCCUAAUAAAAGGUAUUCAAGCAAAAGAAGCUACAAGCAGAGACUUGGAAACUGCUGCAGGUUCCUCAUCAAAAAUGGUUGAAUUUGCUAAAUUGAAUAAAAGCAGUGAAUCUCCUGCUAGUGCAAAUCCAGUUGGCUCUGACAAGUGUCAGGCAGACAAGGAUAAGAGUGUGGUGGCAGCACCUCCCUCUCCCCGGACUUUGCUUGCUAUUCAGGCAGCUAUGGUGGAAAGCAGCUCAGAGGACGAACUGGGGGAUGAAGAUACAGGACAACUGAAAGUAGACUUGUCUGUAACAGAGGAAGGCAGGGUGUCUCCAAGAACAUUAAGGGCAAUUCAGGAAGCUCUGAGUGAUGAUAGUAAAAGGGAGAAAGUUGUUAGAACUGAUGCAGUGCUACCAGAAAGGUCAGAAGUAAAAGACUUCCUGCUCAGCAGCUCUGAUGAGGAAGAUCAGAUUCCCGAAGUUAAGGAGGAAAAAAAAAAACCUACAUCUACAAUUUGUUCAUCAAACCAACUGAUUAUGCAAGAUGCUGAAUUAGAGCAAAAGAGUCAGGAGUUAGAAAAAAAUCUUAUUAUACCUAAGGACUGUAAUGCAUCCAGAGAUGAAAAUGAUUCUUGUACUGACAGUACGAUAAAAGACCAAGGUGUAGACAAAAAAGAAAAUAAUUCCAAAAUGGGAUUAAAUUCUUUGGGAGAUAAGAAUACAAACUUGUCAAGCUGUUCCCCUGUACAACGUGGUACAGGGCCUUUGAUCCAUGCUGAAGUACGAGACCUUUCUAGAAAUGAGGAAAAUGUGAAAAUUUCUGAAAAUACCAAGGAAGUGAUUCCACAAGCAGAAGAUGAUGCAUCUGAGGUACAAAAGGAUGUUAGACUUCUUCCAGAAGCAGGAGGUCCCGAGGAGGAACAAGAAGGGAUUUCACAGUCUGAAGACAGCGAUUCUGAUGGAAGCUUUAUUGAAGUGGAUACUGAAAGCAGUAAUGAGGCUGAGUUUCCUACUAACUGUGAUGGAAAACUGCAUGAUGAAACAGCACUUCCAGAGGUGGAGACAGACAGACAUGAUGUGGUCACACAGGACUUGCUGAAGGAGUCUGAUGAAGUGCAGUUGGCAAAUGAUCAGAAUGUUGAAAGAAAAGACGAUAAUAAAGAUGCAGACAACGAGUGGCAAGACAUCAACCUGGAAGAACUAGAAGAAUUGGAAAGUCAUCUUUCAGCUGAGCAGAAUAUGCUUGAGGCUCAAAAACAGCAGCAGGAACGCAUUGCUGCUUCUGUAACAGGACAGAUGUUUCUGGAAAGCCAGGAACUCCUCCGCCUGUUUGGUAUUCCAUAUAUUGAAGCUCCAAUGGAGGCAGAGGCACAGUGUGCUGUAUUGGACCUUACUGAUCAGACCUCUGGGACAAUCACUGAUGAUAGUGACGUCUGGUUAUUUGGUGCACGACAUGUUUAUAAAAAUUUCUUCAGUCAAAACAAAUACGUGGAAUAUUAUCAGUAUGUGGAUUUUCAAAACCAGCUUGGGUUGGAUCGAAACAAGCUAAUUAAUUUGGCAUACCUGCUUGGAAGUGACUACACUGAUGGCAUCCCAAAUGUUGGCUUUGUAACAGCAAUGGAGAUUUUAAAUGAAUUUCCUGGACAUGGAUUGGAACCUCUCUUGAGAUUUGCUGAGUGGUGGAAUGAAGCUCAGAAAAAUAAGAAAGUGAGACCUAAUCCACACGAUACCAAAGUCAAGAAGAAGCUGAGAGAGCUGCAGCUUUCUUCAGGUUUCCCAAAUCCAGCAGUGGCAGAAGCAUACCUGAAGCCUGUGGUGGAUGAGUCAAGGGGUUCAUUCACCUGGGGGAAGCCUGAUGUAGAGCAGAUCAGAGAUUUCUGUUAUGAUCACUUUGGCUGGACUAGAACAAAGGUAGAUGAAAUCCUUUUGCCUGUGAUAAAACAGCUGAACUUGCAGCAGACUCAGCUUCGAAUUGAUUCAUUCUUCAGACUAGCACAGCAUGAAAAACAAGCUAUUAAAAGUCAGAGGCUGCGCAGGGCUGUGACUUGUCUGAAGAGAAAGGAAAAAGAAGAAGCUGAUGAAACCGGGGAGGCUGCUGCUGUUACAGGCUGUGAAAAUCAUCAACCUGGGGCAACAGAAGUCCAAAGUGGAAAGAGAAGAAAACAUUCAGAUUCCAGAAAAGAACAUCUAUAUGGAGGGGGUUUUAUUGAGAGUUUGCAUCUUUCAGAAACUUCUAGUGACUCUUCAGUAGAGCAGCUGGAAAGCAGACAUUUAAGCAAGAGCAAAAAGAGAAGAAAUGUCACUGGAGCAGACCAUAAGGAGAAGGGGUGCAGUAGUUCAAGUGAUGAGGAUGAAGAACAGGGAAACGUAGUCAUGGUGACUGCCAAACCUGUGUUUGAAGGCAGAAAAAAGAAAUCACAGAGCAAGAGAGGAAAUAAAAAGAAAAAAAAUUAAAGAAAAACUUAAAAAUGUGAGACUGUGGCCACAGUUUUUUUUAUGCCUUAAGCUUUGUAAAUAUUCUAAUGAAUUCUGAUAAAUAAUAAA